AUGUUAAAUGGAGCCUCAAUCACUGGACAGAGUCUCUCGGAAAGGUGGGCAUAUCUUCACACGAGUUCCCCCGCAACAACACCUCCAGCACAAGCCCCACUCCGAGGGUCCUGGCCAUCGCCGCAGCAGGAUCACAAUGUGAGUUGCGGUAACCUCCUGAAAGAGGCCCUAAACAGCUUGAGUGAGCAGGCGAGCUCCCGUGGGAAUGAUGUGAAUCACUCCAGCUACCCAGUGGGAUCCGUCUACCAAUCCCAAUGCCCGCAAUCACCUUUCUGGCCGCCCGGCCCCCCUCAGACCGGUCUUCCUCCGCCGAUGCUCCAGUUGGACUCAUCGAACGACUAUAAUAAACUCCGUUAUCCAGGAUCUCAAGACAAGUCGAGGUACUCAACAUCGAUAGUGGCUCCAUCCGAAGGUCUCAAGCGAUACCCAAACGAAGCCCCAAAGCGCUACGCACCCCAAAUCGACGACUUCUUCCUGCAGCACGAACCUAGCUAUUAUAUCCACGGUAGUGCUGCAGUUCAAAUUCACCAAACAGAACCUGAACAGGCUUUUCCCCAAACACCCACAAACAGCUUUUGGGAACAAUCUCCGCUUGUUCCCAAAUUGGAGACAGACUCGUCGUACUGUUGGCCGCCGGUCUCCUCGUCGUCUUCGCUUUCGCCACCGGCGAUUCCACCUCAGAUCAGUCCCACGGCGCGAGUACCAACGACCGCCUUGCCCAACGCGACGAUCACACCACGAACGUACAAUCGACGCAACAACCCUGAUCUCGAGAAACGUAGGAUUCAUCAUUGCGAUUUUCCCGGCUGUGACAAAGUCUACACGAAGAGCUCGCACCUCAAAGCACAUCAGCGAAUACACACGGGUGAGAAGCCGUAUCGUUGCCAUUGGAACGAUUGCCAAUGGCGGUUCGCGCGUUCCGACGAGCUGACGCGUCACUACCGAAAGCAUACCGGAGCCAAACCUUUCCGUUGCCAGGUUUGCGGAAGAUCUUUCGCGCGCUCGGAUCAUCUCGCUCUGCACAUGAAAAGGCAUCAGCCGAAAAAUCCCCGCGGUUCAAUGUCUCUGAACGCGCAAACCAAUCUUGGUGUCACAUCGCUGUAG